AUGGCAGUGGCCAAAAAGCGCUGGGAGUUUACGCCCACCCACCCCAUCGCCGAGCAAGAGAGCCGCCUCAUGAAACAGAUGGCGGCAUAUCUUCGGCACAAAGGCCUAAGGAGCAUGCAAAAUGAUGGCUUUGCUCUAGUGGACGACUUGGCCAAAGCUUGCCAUGCGGAACCAGAAGAGGUCCUGGCCAUUACCCGGAUGCCCGGGAAGCAGCGAUUCCAGACGCUGGAGGAUGGCCAGUGUACGUGGGUGCGUGCGACCCAUGGGCACACGUUGAAAACAGUGGAUGUCACCAGGGGCGCUUACUUAGAGAUCAAGCAGCCUUUGCCUAUCUUAGUUCACGCGGUCAGUGGAGAUUCUGUGCCGCAGGUCUUAGCCAAGGGCUUGACCAGAAGCGGGAAGCCUCACAUGCUGUUCGCGGACUCGGAUGCGGAGGAGAAGCUGCGAGCAGGAUUUCAGGAUUCCUGCAAUAUUCUCGUGUACGUCAACAUGGCCAAGGCGAUGUUUGCCGGGAUCCCCUUCAGCCGCGCUCCGGAUGGCAUGGUCGUCUCGCCGGGCAUGGAGCGGCGGAGGAACGAGAAGGGGGCAAUCCCUCCCGACUUCAUCUUGCGCAUUUCGCACCGUUAUGGUGAAGGUGGCACAGAUGCGAUGCUCAGGAUGACACCGAGCGCUGACCCUUACUUGGAUGGCGCCCUUGCGGAAGGCCAUUUGCCUUCUGCUAUGCCAUCCUUUUUCAACGAGCCGAUGCUUCAGCCGCAGCACAACAUGUCUCAAAUGCUGCAGGAAUAUUCUCAGCUCAGAGAUACGCUGCAGCAACAGCAGCAGCUGCUGGCCCAGUUGCAGCAGCAGGCCCGGCAGAGGCAAGUCAUGGAGCUGCUCGAGCAGCUGCAGCAGCUGGAGCAGCUGCAGCAGCUGCAGCAGGAUCAGGCCAUGCAGGCCCAGCGGCAGAUGCUGCACAACCAGCACCUGCUGAGCCAGCAAAGCCAACCGAGCCAACCGAGCCAACCGAGCCAGCCGAGCCAGCCGAGUCAGCACAGCCAUCGCAGCCAGCAGAGCCAGCAGAGCCAGCAGCAGCAGGAGUCCGCGAACAGGACAGCCCAGAGCUUGCUGCAGGCUGCUCAACAGGUGCAGGAGUUGUCACGGCAGCUGGAGGUUCUCUCCAGAGCUCGAGGUUCACAAAGUUCGCAGAAUUCAGCGCAGGGUACGUCUGCCGACCCCGGCAUGGGCGUUGGCUGGUUUCAAGCCGACUCAUUCCCGAAUGCCCAGGCCCAGUUGCCUUUGAAUCACUGGGCCAGAGGCCCGCGCCAGCAAGAGGUACAGGGUGUUGAGCGCCGCUUGCACCUUGGCACCAAGAUAUCUGGAGAGGAGCUGUUUGCGACGGAUUUCUCGGUGCCGGUCCAUGCAGUGAUCCUCGUGGCCUUUCAACGCAAGGUCCGCACCUACGAGGUCCGGUUGUGCCUCCUGAGUUCCAGGAGCCACGUGCAUGCGAAGCGAUGGUGCUUCAAAGAAAACCGAGCGCUGGACAUGCGGAGCUACCGGGUGCUGUUCACCAAGGAACGGCUUCGGAAGCACCGGGUGAUGCAAGACGGGGCGCUGGUGGCGAUGCCGGGCCAGGGCCAAGUCUUAAGCAAAUGGGGCGAAGCCGUGGCCACGGUUCGCCUGCAGCACUGGGACGGCCUUCAACCCGGCGAGCGGAUUGAAGACCUUUCGGUGAUUCUCACCGUCGUGGGCCCCACCACUGAAGAGGAGCUUUGGUCGGGCCAGGCGUUUCUAACGCCUGCCGUGUCAGGUAACCAAAAGUCCGAGUCUGAUCUCCUCCUGACGAACGAGGAGGCGGCGAAGUUCGGCCUGGAGCAGCCGGUGUCCCUCGAGGCCUUCGUGGCGCGGAAGCUGCGGGACCACCAGGCGGCGGGGGUCCGCUUCAUGUAUGCGGCCAUCUCCCAGAACAGGGGCUGCAUCCUCGCUGACACGAUGGGCCUCGGCAAGUCGCUGCAAGCCUUGAGCCUUCUUUGGGCCGUGCUUCGCUCUGGGGCUGUGCGGAAGGCGGUCGUGGUGUGCCCUUCGUCGCUGUGCGGGAAUUGGCGGGCUGAGGUCAAGAAGUGGAUCGGCGAACGGCGACUGAAGCCCAUGACCAUCGAGUGUGGAGGCGGCCGUGAGAAGGUGCUCGGCCAGCUCCGCAACUUCCGCGACUUCGCAUCUCAGCGCCUGCUCAUCAUCUCCUACGAUAUGCUGCGAAGACAUGUCGAAGUCGUGGAUGACGUUUGCGACUUGCUCAUUUGCGACGAGGGGCAUCGAUUGAGAUCCCACGGCACAGCCACCUCCAAGUGCUUGGGCAACAUGCGCUGCCAGCGGCGGAUCCUUCUCAGCGGCACACCCCUGCAGAAUGACCUGGAGGAGCUCUUCCACUGCGGCCGCUUUGUUCGCCCGGACCUCUUCCCGCGGUCUCUGGCGCCCCUGGCGGCCGCGCUGCGGCGCGCCCGGGAGCCGGACGCCACGGCGGCGGAGCGGCAGCUGGGGGCGCGGGCGGCCUCCGAGCUGGAACACAAGACCUCCCAGUUUCUGCUGCGACGGACCAUGGAGAAUGUGAGCUUCACCCUGCCGGCGCGGCUGGAGGUGGUGCUGCGCCUUCGCAUGGCGCCAGCUCAGGUGGCGGCAUACCUGGCCCUUCUGGGCGAGCUGCGGGGUGGCCAGAUGGCGAAGGCUCUCAAGACGAUGCUUGCCUUGCGCCUGCUUUGCAACGAUCCGGCGGAUCUGAUCCAAGACACGGCUGAGCGCGGCGCCAAGAAGCGGAAGCCGGAAGAUGAAUCAGACCUGGCUCCGCCCGCAGUGAAGGAGAUGCUUCAGAACGCCUCCGGGCUCAGUGCCAAGACGUUGGCGCUGCUGGCGCUGUUGCAGCACUGGCGCCGGGAGGCGCCUGAGGACCGCGUGGUGGUAGUCAGCAACUUCGCGCGGACGCUGCGGCGCCUGCAGCGGCUGCUCCCCGGGCGCACGGCGCUGCUGGCGGGGAACACGGCGCCCCAGCGGCGCCUGGCCGCGGUGGAGGCCUUGACGAACACGCCUGGGCCGGAAGGAAUUGAUGUCCUGCUGUUGUCUUCCAAAGCGGGGGGCACCGGUUUAAACCUCAUCGGUGCCAAUCGCUUGGUGCUCUUCGAUCCAGACUGGAAUCCAGCCAAUGAUGCCCAGGCAAUGGCUCGAAUUUGGCGCGACGGCCAGACGAAGCCGUGCGUCAUCUAUCGCUUGGUCUUGGCCGGCACCCUUGAGGAGAAGAUUUGCCAGCGGCAACAGGUGAAGACAGACCUGGCUGACAUCACCGUGGAUGGGCAAGACUUGGACGGGACCACUCCCAGGUUGUCCUGGGAUGAGCUGAGAAGGGUCUUUGCCCUGGAGGGCUACGCCCAGGGCGUGCCGCUGCCGAGCCUCGCCGAUGCCUCGCCCUUCGGCGCCCAACUGCCGCCAGCGGCGGUGCCUCCGGUGGCGUGCCUCGAGGCGCCGGAGCUGUCCAAGGCGCUGCUCAGCGUCCAUGUUGUGAGCCAAACAGACGGCCAAGACUUCCAGCCAGAGGUAGAGCAAGGCGAGGACUCGCAUGAGAUGGAAAGCAAUGGCGCACAGUGCCCAGAAAACGCUCUGGCGAAAGCAGCAGUGCAGCCUCAAAUUCCGAAGCCUCCGCCGGCACAGCCGCUCUGGAAUCCUCAGAUUCAGCCUGGGCUGCGUGCGAAGCAAGCGCAUGCGAGCCAGAUUCCUCUGCAGCCACAGCCACAGCAUGUGAAUCGGAUUCCGCACCAACCGUUGCCACAGCAACAGCCACGUGAAAACCAGAUUGCGCAGCAGCCGCAGCCGCACGUGAAUCAGAUUCCUUUGCAGCCGCAGCAGCCGUAUGCGAACCAGAUUGCGCAGCAGCCACAGCAGCAACAGCUGCGUACGAACCAUAUUCCGCAAAACCCGCAGCAGGCGCAACAGCCGCGCGCGAGUCGGAUUCCGCAGCAGCUGCAACACCAACAGCCACAUGUGAAUCAGAUUCCGCAGCAGCCUUUCGUGAAUCAGAAUCCUCUGCAGCCGCAGCAGUCAAAACUGCAGCGGCCACGGCAGCAAGCAAAUCAGAUUCAGCCUCAGCCGCGCUUUGCGAUUCAACGGCCGCAUCCGAAUUCCCAAGUUCAGCCGAGUCCGGGCACUUUGCAGGCUUGGUCUUCCCAGACAAGUCCUGAAGCCUUCGCUGGAGUGCAACGAGUGGAACCUCAAGCAGAUGCCAACCCCGAGCUGGGGAAGCGGCGCCGCAAGGGCCGAGACCCGCUGAGCCCCGCGAAGCCGGAUGCAGCGAAGCGGAAGAGGUGCUCAGCACGUGCGGGCGGUGAGCCGGGUGCAAAGGUGCAGAAGGCGGAAGCGCCAGCCAUGCCUUUCCUCUGGUGCCGCUUCAUUUGA